AUGGCUGGCCUGCUCUCUCUUCUGCUUGGUGCUACGAAAUUGAUCCCUGGGCUUUCGCAAGGCUUUACUAAUGGACAGAGCCAAUGGGGUACAAUUGGUCAGCCAUCUCUACCACCAUACCUUGGAAACAACCCUGGCUAUGAAGUCUCUCCUGUACAGCCCUCUUACCCUGGACCAGCUCCUGGCCAACCACCCCAAGGUCCCAAUGGGGGUCCACCACCGGUCAUGCCCGACACCGGCGAGGUGCGCCGAUACGACUGGACGGUGCACCGCCAAGUAAUGGCACCUGACGGCGUUGUGAAAGAAGGCAUUUUCGUCAAUGGCCAAUAUCCGGGCCCUCUACUUGAGGCAAACUGGGGUGAUUGGAUCGAAGUGACUGUACGGAACGGGCUCGAGGACGAAGGCACUACAAUCCAUUGGCAUGGUCUGCUGCAGAAAGAGACGCCAUGGUACGAUGGUGUUCCUGGUGCAUCCCAAUGCCCGAUCGCACCUGGCAAGACCUUCACCUACCGCUUCCGCGCCGACUCGUUUGGUACAUCGUGGUGGCAUGCUCACUACUCAGCUCAAUACUCGGAUGGCGUCUUCGGACCAAUGAUCAUCUACGGACCUAACCACGUCAAGUACGAUAUCGAUGUCGGUCCAGUCAUGAUCAACGACUACUACCAUGAUACCUAUGUGGAGAAUCUCAAAGAGUCGCUCGGGCAGCGAGUCACGCCACGCUCAGACAACAAUUUGAUCAACGGCAAAAUGAACUUUGACUGUUCGCAAGCAACCAAUGGUCAGAAAUGCACACCAAACGCAGGCGUCUCCAAGUUCAAAUUCAAGUCGGGCAAGAAACACCGCCUGCGCCUCAUCAACAGCGGUGCCGAAGGUAUCCAGAGGUUCACAAUCGACGAACACAAGAUGACCGUUAUCGCCAACGACUUCGUCCCAGUCAAGCCUUACCAAGUCUCCUGGGUCACACUCGGCGUCGGCCAACGUACAGACAUCAUCGUCGAAGGCACCGGGAAAUCCAACGGCGUCUACUGGAUGCGCACCGAGAUCAGCCAGUUCUGCAGCUUCCCCAACCAGCCGUACGCCCUGGCCGCAAUUUACUACGAGCGCGCCAGCACCAAUGCGGUACCUCAAUCCAAAGCCACGCCCGUCCAGGACAACGACUGCAGCAACGACGCCCUCGACCUAACCGAGCCCUUCUACCAAUACGACCGUCCCUCCGAACCCUCCAUCACAACCCGCAUCGACAUGACCAACAUCCAAAACGCCACCGGCCAGUUCGUCUGGGUCAUGAACAACUCCUCCUUCCGCGCCGACUGGGAUUCCCCCAUCCUUCUCUCCGCCGCCCAGGGCAAGUCCCAAUUCCCAACACAACAAAACGUCUACCGCUACUCCCGCGUCAACGAACGACAGACAAUCCGCCUCAUCCUCCACUCGAUCGCUGCCCCGCUCCCGCACCCUAUACACCUCCACGGCCAUGACUUUUGGGUUCUGGCUGAGGGGUAUGGUGAGUGGGAUGGAAGUAUCGUACGGCCGAGCAAUCCGCAACGGAGGGAUGUACAUCUGAUGGAUAAGGCGCUACCGCCGACGGGAGGAACCGUCGCGACUUCCGGGGGCCCGCCGGGAACGCCGUAUUUCAUCGUGAUCGAGCUUGAGGCGGAUAAUCCGGGCGUGUGGCCGAUGCAUUGCCAUAUUGCGUGGCAUUUGAGUGGAGGGAUGUAUAUCAAUGUGCUGGUAAGUUUUGACGAACGACCGGAGGAUAUUCAACGGGAGAGGCAGACGAUCGAGUCCGUCGCGGCGCAGACUUGUCCGGAUUGGAAGGCGUAUAGCUCGAGGAAUAAUGUGCCUCAGAUUGAUGCUGGUACCUAA